AUUUCUCAAACCAAGUGAAUUCCACAUCCCUGAACUCCCCGACGAGCCGAGGCCCCAUGGCCACCCCAUCCCUGCACCCGUCCAUCGGGCCGGGCAUCGGCUCCUCGUUGGGCUCCCCAGGCCAGCUGCACUCACCCAUCAGCACCCUGAGCUCACCCAUCAAUGGCAUGGGGCCACCCUUCUCCGUUAUCAGCUCCCCCAUGGGCCCACACUCGAUGUCUGUUCCCUCCACGCCCAGCUUGGGAUUCGGCACCAGCAGCCCACAGCUCAACUCACCCAUGAACCCCGUCAGCAGCUCAGAAGACAUCAAGCCACCCCUGGGGCUCAAUGGAGUCCUCAAAGUGCCAGCACAUCCCUCAGGAACAAUGGCCUCCUUCACCAAGCACAUAUGUGCCAUUUGCGGGGACAGAUCUUCAGGUAAACAUUAUGGGGUGUACAGCUGUGAGGGCUGCAAGGGCUUCUUCAAACGCACGGUGAGGAAGGACCUGACCUACACCUGCCGUGACAACAAGGACUGCUUGAUCGACAAGCGCCAGCGCAACCGCUGCCAGUACUGCCGCUACCAGAAGUGUCUCGCCAUGGGGAUGAAGAGGGAAGCUGUGCAGGAGGAGAGGCAGCGGGGGAAAGACCGCAACGAGAACGAGGUGGAGUCCACAAGUAGCGCCAAUGAGGACAUGCCUGUGGAGAAGAUCCUGGAAGCAGAACUUGCUGUGGAGCCAAAGACAGAGACGUACAUUGAGGCAAACAUGGGCCUGACGCCGAGCUCGCCCAACGACCCGGUGACAAACAUUUGCCAGGCGGCCGACAAGCAGCUCUUCACCUUGGUGGAGUGGGCCAAGAGGAUCCCCCAUUUCUCAGAGCUGCCCCUGGAUGACCAGGUCAUCCUGCUGCGAGCAGGGUGGAACGAGCUCCUCAUUGCCUCCUUCUCCCACCGCUCCAUAGCUGUGAAGGAUGGGAUCCUGCUGGCCACCGGGCUGCACGUGCACCGCAACAGCGCGCACAGCGCCGGCGUCGGGGCCAUCUUUGACAGAGUACUGACAGAACUCGUGUCAAAGAUGCGAGACAUGCAGAUGGACAAGACAGAGCUGGGCUGCCUGCGAGCCAUCGUCCUCUUCAACCCCGACUCAAAAGGUCUCUCCAACCCGGCUGAAGUGGAGGCGUUACGGGAGAAGGUGUACGCAUCGCUGGAGGCGUACUGCAAGCACAAAUACCCCGACCAGCCUGGGAGGUUCGCCAAGCUCCUGCUCCGCCUGCCAGCCCUACGGUCCAUCGGCCUCAAAUGCCUGGAGCACCUCUUCUUCUUCAAGCUAAUAGGCGACACGCCGAUCGACACCUUCUUGAUGGAAAUGCUGGAAGCACCCCAUCAAAUGACUUAGAGAACUGCCGCUGGGUCAGUCCCUCACCCAGCCAGGGCCAUGCGGGCUCCGUCCUCUGCUUCCUCCUCCUCCUCCACCCCAGCCCCUUCCCUCUGCUCCCCAAAUGCUGGAGGCACCGUCCGAGCUUCUCCGCGUGGUCCCCGGGCCGAACCCGCACCUCCCUGCCGCCUCAUCACGUUGACCUUUUUGUCCGUUUGCUGUCACUGCUGCAUCUAAAGACCUCUGAUGGCUGUUUUUUCCCUGCGGUAGAUGUAGAGGAGUGGGGACGGAUGGCUUCGCAUCAGUGCUGGGUGGCACGUGGCAUGGGAGCAGGGACGGUCCCGUGCCAUCCCGGCCCCGCCGUGGGGUUUGGACGAGUCAAGGGAGCGGUUCGGCUCACCGGAUUUGCAGCUGGCUAUUAUCAGAGGAUGGAGUUGUUUUUUUUUUUUGGUGGUGUUUUUAGGUUUUUUUUUGUUGUUUUUUUUUGUUUUUUUGGUUUUUUUUGAACAAGAGAAAAGGAAAAAAAAAAAAAGAAAAUUAUUCUAUUUUUGGUUUCCAACUAUUCUUAGUAGUCUCAGCAGUUCCUUUGCGAAAGGGAGAGGCUGUGGGGAGGGGUGGCUCUCACUGGGCUCUAUUAGUGAGUCACCGUGGCUGCACGGAGCCUCUUUGCUCAAAGCAAGGGGUUUGGGACUGAGCUCAAUCCCUCUCUGAACAACGUGGGGCUGCCCUGUCCCCCUCUGCUGUCCCCAGUGAUGCUGCUCCUCUGGGACACGUAGCUCUGGAGUGCUUGCUUUAAGGCUGCCAGGGAUGUGGUUCCACUUUUCUGCAGCUCACGGAGGUCCUGCUGGGCCUCCUGCCCUUCUUGCUGUGCCCAACGUCCUGGCACAGCCCUACAGGAGCUGCCUUAUUGCAGGAGCUGUCAUGCUGGAGCAGCAGGAUCUGGUGGCUCAGCAGUGCUCCUGUUGGAUUCUGUAGUCCUGAGUUCAUGCAGGGGCAUUUCCAGCCAGAAGGUGGGCUCAGCAAAAUGCCCCACGUGCAGACUGUAGGGAGCAGCAGCCCUGCAACCACCAGCAGCCCAUGCAUGGUGUUUCAGUAGCUGUGGUGCAAGGCAGCAGUUAGUGGGAGCUCUCAGCCGUGCUGCUCCCUGGGGCAUUCAUUGGCAAUGAUGCAGGAAUGGAGCUCACCAUUCCUGAAUAUCCCUCAUUGGAAUGGUGGAGGACCUGUGCCAUUCACCUCACCCUCUUGCAUUAAGCAGGGGAGAAAAUGAGAGAGAAGAUCAGAGUGAAGUCUCUCAUUGGGGGUUUCUCCCUCCAUAACAGGACUGAGCGUCCCAAACACACCAUGGGUUGGGGGGAACCAAGGCUGAGUGCUGCGGUUGGCCCUGGACUGAGGGCUUCCCCACGGCUUUUAUGUCUGCUGUAAGACAGCCAAGUGGUCCCAAAAAGAAUGCAAUCUCCUGCAGAGCAUCCCACCAGCUGCUCUGUGCCUGGGGAACACAGUUAUCACCUGCCUGUUCUCACCCCACUGGCAGCUCAAGUUCCAGCUCCAUCCCCAUCAGGCCAUCUCCUUGCUGGCAAAUCCACAGAGGUGGGGAAAAUCUUUUGGCCAUCUUUCUCCAGCAGCCUGCAUGCCGCUGAAAAUAUUAUUAAACAGCUUCACCCUGGAAGAAUUUGCCAAGAAAAGAAGGCGAGAGAAAUGAAAUGUAGUGAGAGUGCCAAUAAACGGGGCUGCUCAGUGCCUGCCCAGUGUGAGGCUGGGGGCUGGCAGCAGUGAGGUCAGAGUGUGCUGGGGGUCGGUCAGCUGUGCACUAUAAUAAACCUGGACCCUUGUUUAUCUCCCUUGGGUAGAACCACUUCUUUUUUUGCUUUUGUUUUUUUUAAUGAUUGACUGCUUGGAAGGGGCUGUUUUGGUUUGCACUGUUGGACGGCUGAGCAUGUGCCCCCAUCCCAUCCCUUCCUGUCCAUCGUAUCCUUCCCAUUCAUCAUAUCCAUCCCAUCUCUUCAAUCCCACCUAACUGUAUCCCAUCCAUCCAGUCAAAUCCCUUCACUGUCACCCCAUCCCUUCCAUCUUAUCCCAUCCAUUCCAUCCCAUUUCAUCCAUCUCAUUCAUCCCAUUCUGUCCUUCCUGUCCUACCCCACCCUGUCCCAUCCAUCUCAUUCAUCCCACCCCGUCUUUCAUACCCCACUCUUCCCAUCUAUCCCAUUCAUCCCAUCCCACCCUGGUUCCUGUCUGACCCCUACAAACACAAAUGCUGUGAGCAGCGGGUUGCCUUCAGCAUGCAGCAGGGUGCAAAGCCCUCAUGCUGGGGUUCCCAGUCAGGACACAUCUCUGUGCCUCAGUUUCCCUGGAGCAGCACAGUUCUAGGAUUCCUGCCCCUUACAGAGGAAGCUUUGGGGAAAGGCUGAGCAUUGUCCUGGUGUCAAGAGAGCUCCCACCUUGCUGUAAAUCAGCAUAGCUCACUGUUUCACAGCAGCAGCCUUUUGGGGCUCAGCCCCCGGAGAUGAGCCCUGCUCCCCCAUGCAGGGCCACCAAGGCAGCCGUCCCCAGCAGAAGGAUGAGCUCCCGUGCCUCGCUGUCACCUGCCACAGCAGCCUUAAAGCAACCUGCUCUUGCAUGAGUUUGGCUCUUUCAUCUGUAUUCUUUUUCACUUCUUGGCUUUUAGUUUUUUUUUCCCCCCUCGUCGUAGUUAUCCUGACUGUAUUACGUGCUUUUUUGAGGAGGUGAUACAUGGGUAAAAGAAAGGAAGAAAAAAAAAGGCACAUUAUCCACUGGCGAGGUAGGACGUUCAUUUAAGCAGAUCUUAGUACUCUCGCCAACAUCUGGUUUCCAUUAGGGUGAUCAUUUUUUAUUUUUUAUUUUUUAUUUUUAAAUAUAUAUGUAUUUUUUAAAUUUUCUUCUUGCUGUUGGUGGGACAAUCUUUAAUUUUCUAAAGAUAGCACAAACAUCAGCUUUUCAGCCCCCACCAUCCGGGCUCAGAGGCGAUGCUGUCCCCAUCAGAGACCGCCUGGGCUCACGGAUACGUGCUGUGUAUACAUGUAUGUACUGUAGAUAUAUACACUGUACAAAUAGCCUCACUCACAUAUACAUAUAUUAUACCUGUAGCAAUGACAGACUUUAUUUUUUGGUGUUGUUUUCAGUU